ACAUCACUUCUGGUGCCACCCCUUUUAUCUGCCAAGAAGAUGCAAGUAGCCAAGUACAAAAGAAGGGCAAUCACCACCGGAGCCCAUUGAGCUGGGGAGAGCUCCCUGGGCACUCUUCCUCCUCUCCUCUCAUCGCCCCUUCCAUCUCCCAAGGUGACCAAGCAUAGUUCGAACAAUAUCUGUUGUCAAAGGGAUUUCUUCUUUUAGAAUUGGAUCUUGUGGGGUUGAAAUUUUAAUUUAUAUAUCCUUUCCCAAUUCCAUGGCUACAAUACAAAAGCUCUAUGAGGUCUGCAAAGUGUCAUUAUCUGCAAAUGGGUCGUUAUCUCCUGAAGCUGUUGACAGUGUUUGUUCAGUGUUAGACAAUGUCAUGCCUUCUGAUGUUGGACUUGAGACUGAAGCACAAUCUGUACGCUCUUGGAGAAGUCCACGAGUUCUGAAUAGGAAAGCGGUUUUUCAUUCGAGCACCACAAUCAGAUAUCGUCACAUAUAUGAGUGCAAAAAUUUCUCGAUUGGAAUAUUUUGUAUUCCAGCAUCAUCCAUCAUUCCACUCCACAACCAUCCAGGCAUGACUGUAUUCAGUAAACUUCUAUAUGGUACCGUGCAUGUUAAAUCGUACGAUUGGGUUGAGGAUACAACUCAACUGCUUAAAUUAUCAAAAGUUAGACCUGCCAAGAUUGUAAGGGAUGGUGAGAUGUCUGCACCAUGCGGCGCAAUGGUUAUUCAACCAAAAGAUGGGGGGAACAUCCAUGCUUUCAAAGCCAUCACCCCCUGUGCUAUCCUGGACAUCUUAUCACCUCCUUAUUCUUCAGAAGAUGGAAGGCAUUGCUCCUACUUCCGCAGAUGCCGAAAAGCAGACCCGUCGGGCAUUUUAUCAAACCGAUCGAGGGAACCUGAAUUUGUUUGGCUGGAAGAACACCAGCCCCCUAACAGCUUUGUUAUUAGAAGGGACCUGUACAAAGGACCUGCUUUAAAUUUAUGAAGCAACCAUAAUCCGCCAAGAUCAUGCUCAACUCGACAUGAUAAUUGUGCUCACUCUAGCGUUUAAUUUAUCAAGAAGUAUAUAGAUGUGCACCGCUCUCCUUGUAUUUUAUUUUCAUGGUUUUUUGUUAUUUAUUUUGUAUUUAUAGAAAUAGCUAUCAUGUGUUAUCUAGCAUAUCUAUUGUAAGAUAACGUUAUGGUUCACUCCAUUAUGUAACUUCAUGACAUAAUAUUUAUAUAACUACACAAAGUGGAAGCUGUUAUUGAGCUUUCCUUUUGUUCACA